AUGCCAUCGGAGGCACCAGAUAUCGAAAUUUCAGACAAUGAGCAAAUAAUACCGGUCGAUGAAUUGUCUGACGCCGAGUCUGUAGAGGAGGACGUAGUACCUCAACAGAAAGUCGAAAUUGAUAAUAAGAUCGCACUGGAACGGAUACGGGAAACAAUCAAACUGGACCAGUCGCUUCCAUGGACAGAGACUCUGGUGGUAUCAUAUCCUGAGACCAUUGACGUCGACGUGGAUGAUGACCUGAACAGGGAGCUCGCUUUCUACAAGCAAGCCUUGCACGGUGCUCAAGCUGCCAGAGCCCUAGCCACAAAGCACGAUUUACCCUUCACUCGCCCGUCUGAUUACUUUGCAGAGAUGGUUAAAUCAGAUGCGCAUAUGGAGCGCAUCCGUCAACGCUUGCUAGAUGAGAGUGCGGUCAUCAAGCGGAGCGAGGAAAAGAGAAAGGAGCGGGAAGGGAAGAAGUUCGGCAAGCAGGUGCAAUUGGAUAAGUUGCGAGAGCGGGAGAGGAGCAAGAAGGAUAUGGAGGAAAGGCUCAGAGGGCUCAAGCGCAAGCGCAAGGGCGUCUUAGACAACCCGCAAGAAGACGGGGAUGGUUUCGAUGUCGCUGUCGAGGACGCUAUUUCAGAUCGGCCAUCGAAACAAGCAAAAACCUCUGCGUCUGGGGGAAAGAAGAUGCCACGUCAGGCCAGGGACAAGAAAUUUGGCUUUGGUGGUCCUCAGAGGAGAUCAAAACAAAAUACCAAGUCCUCGACGGAUAAUUUCGGUGGUGGUGGUGGUGGGAAAGGUACGCGGCCAGCGAAAGGAGGCCCGAAGAGCAAAGGACCUGCAAAGCGGCCGGGGAAGAGCAGACGGAUGGUUGCCCGUAGCCGAGGAUAG